AUGGUCGCCUUGGCACCGGGUGCGGAAAUUGUUCCCACUACAUACCACCCCAAGCUUGCCGAGAAUGGAAUUUUCCCCUUCGAGAAUGGAAUGUCCAAUAAGAAAGUCAGUUUGGAGACUGUGGAGAUCACGCCUCCUGCGUAUGACAGCGCCGAUCCGGUGGUUAUUACCUCAAACGGCAAUGGCACCAACCAACUUGAACAAAAUGUGCUCAACAGCCCCAUCGCCUCUGAUACCUCGAAUUCUCUAUCUGGGAAUGAACUGAUGGCUAUGGAGGUAUUGAAGAUUAUCGAAAGUUAUGGUGUUGACUUUGAGAAGUCGGGGAUUUCAUGGAAGGGCUUCGAGUCGUUUGUUCCAAUUGUCUUGGAGCAAAUCAGCCGACAAGAGCCAAUCCGCAUGAUUUUGCCCGCAUUCCCUUUCAAAUCUCCAAAUGCGAGCAGCAAAGUGUUGGGAACUAUGCCCGACUUUGGUGAAGAAUUGGCCUUGGCCCAUCUGAAUGGACUUUGCCAAAACAUUGGUGAAGUAUACGGCCCUGGUGCCGAUGUCUACAUCAGUUCGGAUGGACUUGUAUACAAUGAUAUCCUGGGCGUCCCCGAUGAAACCGUUUGGGACUAUGGGGAGACCCUCCGAAAAAUGGCCGUCGAGAAAGAGCUCCAUAAUGUCAAAUUCAUUCGUCUUUACGAACUUCUCCACCAUCCAUGGUUCCCAUCCUCUACACCAGAGGCAGCAAAGGCAUUCUACCUGGCUCAUGCUAGUUGCCUCCGCCGAGAGCUAAUGUAUACCUUCGCUGACCCGAGCUUCGACGCGACGGAGGCUAUCAAAACAGACAAUGAUACAUGUCUGACAUACCGCGGGUACAUCAAAUUUUUGACCAAGGAUCUAGCGCAUCUGGAAGAGAAGGACAAAUCCAUGUCCAAACGAGCUCGGCAAGCGCAAAUUGCCGACACAGCACGACAGAUGAUCAUUCGAGGCAAAAUGUUCGCGGCGGCCAUCAAAGCCAACCGCAAAGAUUACGUACGACUGUCUAUUCACGAGUCCGCGGGCGAGAAAAAGCUUUCUGUCUCGCUUAUUCCACAGAUUCGAGGCACACUGGGUUAUACACCUUGGCACUCUUCUGUGGCUGUCGGACUGGACGGUUCGUAUCGCACGGUCCACGCUGAAGACGUACGCGACACGCACGAUCUUGUCUACAAGAACGGUCAACCAUAUUUCUUCCGUGAAAGAUCAAGUCUGUUUGACUGGAGUGAGGACGGCUUAUCCGUCAAGUUCGAGCAUCUCUAUCCGUGCGGACUCAUCAUCCGCCCCGCCGAUAUCGACAAUGUCAAUCCACCACCGUCGAUCCGGUCCAUUCCCAUGCAAAAGGUCCGCCAGCUCUCGAACGGUAUGUCGCCAAUUGUCAUUCGUGGAUUUUCCGAGACUCUAGAGGAAGAUCUCUACGUGAAGAAGGGAGAAGAGCUUGGCACUAUUCUCCCUUGGAGCUUCGGCAUAAUCCAAAAGGUACGGGAUAACGGGCGCUCUGACAAGAUGGGCAACAACGUGACGUCCAACGAGGCCAUGCCGAUGCAUUUCGAUGGGAUGUUCAAGUUCGACGAGAUAACCGACCCAGAAACGGGCGAGAAGAAGAAAGUUCAACAUCCACCGGGGUAUCAGUUCUUCACUUGUCCUGCCACUGCGCCCAAGGGCAAUGGGUACACCUUGUUUGCGAGCUCCCGACUGUUCUUCCGGUACCUGCCUCUCCCGUGGUCUGCUGAGCGUCUUGAAAAGAUUACCUGGGCUAUGGAUAACGAUGGGUUUUGGGAUGCAAAACUCAAGAACCUGCCCUUGAUCGUCAAGCAUCCUAUCUCUGGACUGCCCUGUCUACGUUGGCAUCAACCUUGGGACUCGACUAAGACCAAGUUCUCGACCUGUGAUGUCACAAUCGAAAAUGACGAUAAUGAAUUGGUUAAAGUUGUGGACCGCAUCACUUAUGAUUAUAGAGUUUGUCAUCGCUUUGGUUGGGAGAAGGGUGAUUUGCUGAUUAGUGAUAAUACUGCCAUGCUGCAUACUCGCACCGGAUAUAUCAGUGACUGUGAUCGAGAACUGUGGCGGAUCCAUUGUGACUGA